AGUAUCUCUCGGGACAAAGAACUUCUCCAGUCAGGUAUUCGCAUAUCAGUUGGUGAUGGUACCACAAUCUCCAUCUUCAAUGAUGCCUUGGGUUCCAGGGUAUGGUAAACUUCAUUACCUUAGAUACCAAUCAGAUGUUAAUAUGACAGUGGCAAACCUUUUAACAUCUACCAAAGAAUGGAAGACCCUUUUCCAAACUACCUUUCCCGCGAAUAUUUGUCAAGCCAUCCUAACCAUUCCUCUUAUCAACAUCACCACACUUGAUACAUAUUAUUGGUCCCUUACCGCACAUGGCACCUACACAGUCAAUUCAUGUUAUCAUCAAGCCCAUAGUCAACUCCACCAAAAUGAUCCAACACCUUCGGAUAAUACUGUUUUUCAAACUUGGUGGAAACAGAUGUGGUCACUUCCCUUUAGCUCCCAAAUUGAAACACUUUCUUUGGCGUGCUUGCCAUGAUAUUCUACCCACCAGUCACAACCUUUUCAAACGGAAAGCUUUACCUUCACCAUGUUGUUGCCGGUGUUUGUGUCAUGAUGAGACCCUAGAGCAUGCUCUUUUCAGGUGCCCAACUGUCCAGGAGGUAUGGAUUUUAACUAUUUUUCAUGAUUUUAUUGAUAAAAAUGAUUUUCUCACUUGUAUGGCUUUACUUUACCUUGCUACCACUACAUUUAUUGCUAGAGACUAUCACUACUUUCUGUGUUUGGUGUGGAAGCUUUGGCAAUGCAAGAACAAUUGGUUACAUGCUGGUCUGCAUACAUCUCCUUCCCAAGUGCUGGAUUGGGUAGCAGACUACAUAUAUCAGUAUCAAAGCUGCAAUACCAAUUGUUUUUAUACUAGUCAAACACCAUGUGUCUCUUUGCUGUCCACAGAGAAUGAACCACACAUCCCUAGCUACAGCCUUCAGAUUUCUGUAGAUGCAGCUCAGGAUGUAAGACUAAAUAAGAUGGGCUUUGGUAUGGUUGUUCAGACAUGUCAAGGGGAGAUACUCUUAACUUUGGCAACACCUUGGAGCGGAAUUCAUCAACCUUUGAUAAUGGAAGCGCAUGCCUUAUACUAUGCUCUUUCUUGGUGUUGUAAUCACUUCAUUUAUCCAGAUGCAUAGUUUUGGAUUGUAAGGUUUUAGUUGAUUAUAUUUGUAAUAAGGAUACUCAUAAUCUACAUCUCAACAAAAUUAUUGCUGCAA